AUGAAACAUCUCCAUGAUGACUCUCCAGCACCGUUCUUCUCCCCACGCUGCCACUACGGAGAUACAGAUGUUAAGGAUGUCACUAAGGCAAAGUUGUACCCCUCUGGCUCCCACAAUUUCUCCUUCCCAUCUUCGGCGGAGUCGGAGAGGGACCCGAUGGAGAUCUCCAAUCUGGGCUCUCUCUUUGCCUAUUGUUUGGCCGUGGGUCUCUGCAUCUGCUCCCAUCAGGUGAAUACGGCUAUGCAUGAGGCAAAACUUAUGGAAGAAUGUGACGAGUUGGUAGAGAUCAUCCAGCAGAGGAAGCAAAUGAUUGCUGUCAAAAUCAAAGAGACAAAGGUUAUGAAACUGAGAAAAUUGGCACAGCAGGUUGCUAAUUGCCGCCAGUGUCUUGAACGGUCAACAGUCCUCAUCAACCAAGCUGAGCAUAUUCUGAAGGAAAAUGACCAAGCCCGGUUUCUGCAAUCUGCAAGAAAUAUUGCUGAAAGGGUCGCUAUGGCAACUGCAUCUUCUCAAGUUCUGAUUCCAGACAUUAAUUUUAAUGAUGCUUUUGAAAACUUUGCUUUGGAUUUUUCUAGAGAAAAGAAACUAUUGGAGGGGUUAGACUACUUAACAGCCCCAAACCCACCAUCUAUCCGAGAAGAACUUUGUACCGCCUCCCAUGACACCAUUACAGUCCACUGGAUCUCGGACGAUGAGUUCAGCAUCAGCUCCUAUGAGCUUCAGUACACCAUAUUCACUGGCCAGGCUAACUUCAUCAGCCUGUAUAAUUCAGUGGAUAGCUGGAUGAUUGUGCCCAACAUUAAACAGAACCAUUACACAGUGCACGGCCUCCAGAGUGGGACACGCUACAUCUUUAUUGUGAAAGCCAUAAAUCAAGCGGGCAGCCGGAACAGCGAACCCACCAGACUGAAAACAAACAGCCAACCCUUUAAACUAGAUCCCAAAAUGACUCACAAGAAGUUGAAGAUCUCUAAUGAUGGAUUGCAGAUGGAGAAGGAUGAAAGCUCUCUGAAGAAAAGCCAUACCCCGGAGAGAUUUAGUGGAACGGGGUGUUAUGGGGCAGCAGGAAAUAUAUUCAUUGACAGUGGCUGCCACUACUGGGAGGUGGUCAUGGGUUCUUCAACAUGGUAUGCAAUUGGUAUUGCCUACAAAUCAGCCCCGAAGAAUGAGUGGAUUGGCAAAAAUGCCUCCUCCUGGGUCUUCUCGCGGUGCAAUAGUAACUUCGUGGUGAGGCAUAACAACAAGGAAAUGCUGGUGGAUGUGCCCCCACAGCUGAAGCGGCUCGGUGUCCUCUUGGAUUAUGACAACAACAUGCUGUCUUUCUAUGACCCAGCUAACUCUCUCCAUCUCCACACUUUCGAUGUGACCUUCAUUCUUCCAGUUUGUCCAACAUUCACAAUCUGGAACAAAUCCCUAAUGAUCCUGUCUGGCUUGCCUGCCCCAGAUUUUAUUGAUUAUCCCGAGCGGCAGGAAUGCAACUGCAGGCCUCAAGAAUCCCCCUAUGUGUCCGGGAUGAAAGCUUGCCAUUAAGUGUCAAGAGAGCAUGUAAUUCACUGGCUCUCCAGUUCAGCACUCUUCCCCUCCUAAGUCUCCAUUAGUGUUCCAUAUGAGAUACAAAAGAAAGUUCAUUGGAAGCACCCGUCCUAAAUAACUAGAUAUUGUAGAUUUAAUUUUUGUACAUUAAAGCUUAUGUUUGAAUUUAUGUAUUGAGUUACUCAGAACAAAUUAUCUGAAUAGUCUGGGUUUAUGCCACUGGGGAAGAAUUUUAGAGACUGUCUCUGUCAUCAUUGGAGAAUUAAAAAUUCCCAGUGAUUUGGGAUUAUAAAUGAUACUGGAAGGAAUUAGCCUUUCUAGCAGUGGCUAGUUUGACCAGGUAGAAUUUGCACAGUGUCUAAUUAUUGCAUAUUAUAUGUUAAUAAACUAACAAUCGAGGUGUUAUGAGAAUAUCAUACAUGUGUAUAUAUAAUAUAUAAAAUGACUGAAUUCAUUUUAUGAGCAAAAUGACAUAGUUCAUUUUAUCUAUUACAUAUAUACAAUAAAUCUUAAUUUGCUCAUUUAAGUGAGAAACAUAUUGAGAAGGAAAAUAAAUUAUACUGCCCAUUCUUAUUUCCGAGAUGAAACAUCACAGUAGACUGACAUUGUUCUCUUCCUCCCUUUGUAGCCUUCCUUUCUCCCCUCUUGUCACACGUACAAACACAUGCAAUCACAACGCAGGAAGUGAGAAGAGCUCUUGGUUAGAUUAGGAGAGAUCUGUGGACAAGAUGAUAUAAGAGAUGCUAAUGCUACAUUGAAAAUUGAUUCCAGUAGAAGUGUGCCAUGUAGCAUAAUUUCAUUAAUAUUAUUUAAUAGAGAUUUAUUUGAAUUAUUAAAAAUUGUCAUAGAAUAUUUCAAAGAAAUAUAGUUUUGUUACUCUCAAAUGCAUAGUUAUUAGACUUAAGCUAAAAAAUAGAGUUCCUUAAUGGAGUUUCUUCAGAACUCGCCUUACUUGGUCAGUAAGAAUAGUGUUACAGGUUCAACAACUCUAUGAAUACAAAUGUAUUUUCAGAUGGAGCACUCCUGAAAUGCUAUUUUCCAUGAUAGGAUCAAUACUCAUUCUUUUGUGAAUUUGUUUACGUUAUUCACUCGCUCAGCAUCCCCUUCAUGACAAAUAGCACAAAUCCCAUCCUACUUUUCACCAGACUAGUUAAAGGAAAUUGAGCUUCAUGGCUUGUGAUUUCACCAAUUAUUUUGCAAAGAUUGGAAACGCCAGAGAAAUAGAAUCUUCUCCCAGGAGCAAAGUCCACUCCUUGGCAGUUGUAGUUGUACGGCUGUGUGGCUGUAAAGCGACAGUAGUAGCCAUUACCUGGAUUGUAUGUAGCCUCGACGCAGUGUCAAAUGUUUGCCCCUCUUUCUACCAACAUGGCAGAUUCUUAUUUAUUAAUUUGUUCAAUGAACUGUUAGAUGCCACACUACAACUGCAAGAGUGCACAUAUUACUAAAAUUCAGUCCCUGCUGCCAAAUGACUCACUCUUAUGCAUAAGAGACAGCAUAUCAUUGUAAAUCUCGCCUAAUAACACUUAUGGAGUGUUUGCUAUCUACCAUGAAAAGCAAGAUCAGCGGCCAGACAAAAGGAAGGCUCAGAUUUACAAGUCAAGUGGCAAAGUCAGUUCCUUUGACUUUAAAUAUCAUAUGUACCUUACGGCUCAUCAGGGAAUAGGCAACCUCGGUACAGCUCAGCAGUGCUGGUAACAAGCUCAUGGUAUUAGAAGGCUCCCAGCCUUGAGACUGAGAUAGUCCUAGCUUCUCUGCCAGCUAACUAGCAGUGUGACCUCAGGAAAGCACUUCUCCGAGCCUGUUUCCUCUUCUGUAAAAUGAUUUUCUGUUAUAAGGCUGGUGCGAAGGUUUAUAAAGGUAGUGUGUAUCAGUUGCCUAGCACGGCACCUGGCAUCCACUAUGUGUGCCACCAACAUACCCAACACUGGUCAUUUGUUUUUUAUGCCCUUUUAAGUUUUAGUUCUAGGAACAAAGCUUUAUUCCCCAUUCUACUUUUGACUGCAGCCUGGAACUACCUUUCCCUCAGUUAACUAGUGACCUCCCAAACUGGUAUAUGUGGCCCUCUGGGGCACUCCCCUGGCACACUGAGCACCCCUUCUCAGCAAUAAUCACAUUGUAUGAUAGUAUUUCUCAGAAGGUCAUUUUCAGAAGGCCAUCCUCAGAAGACCCAUUUUAGAACCACCCUCCGUGAUUUGUUCCUUGAAACAAUUUAUGCUUGGCUUUUACUCCUGAUAUAUUUAAUUACACUAUCUGGGAACAUAAAAAAAAACUUAGAUUUGUGAAAAACUUCUCAGGUUAUUCUGAUUCACACAAAAGUUUAAUGUAUAGUAAUUCUCUUUCCGGCUAGAGUGGGAAUACCUUGAGGGUAAGGACCGUGGCUUUUGUUGUUGCUGUAAUUUUAAGACCCAGCACAGUGUCUGGAGCAAAGUAGUUGCCUGACUAAUGUUUGUUGAAAGAGCGUACGAAUGAACAAAUGAAUAAUCAAAAUUGCUUUGUUUGACUGUAAUCUCCACUAGUGGUAUUUGUUAUUCUUGGACAAGUUGGUUACUUAUUUAGUCUGUAUUGAUAUUAGUUUGUAGAUGUACAAAAGAACAUUGUUCCAGAUUGGCAGUUAUCAUGGAGAAUUGUCUUUGGAGCAUGUGGUAUCAUUUUCCCAAUAACAUUUCAUGUUUUCAUGAACUUCAAUGAACCGUAUUGUUCUUUGAAGGUAGAUUUAAGUUUUCAUUAUAGGCAGAGUUAAGCCUACUGAAAUAGGCUACUGAAAUAUAAACUGGGAAAUUCAAUAGGGUUCAAUGAAGCUUGACUCUGAAAUCCCAACUUCUG